GAUUUAUUGCAAGAACUUGUCAUUUGAUAUAAUGUUUCUAAAAGUGAGCCUUAAGUCUUUUGAUUGGCUGUAAGCCACCUUUAAAGGCAUUUUUAUAGAUAAAAGAAAAUUCAGAAUAUGGGCCAUAGUUUAUUUGGAUUACAAAAAGUUAUAGACUCCGUUUCAGUUUCUACUGGCGAUCUGAUUACAUCUCGCUAGACUCUGCUGGCAGAACAUGAGUUCUUAUAAAGCAGUUGAUGCUAAUCUGCCGCAAUAUUUCGUUCUAUUAGCAAAUUUAUGUUAUAUCGCUUACAUAUUGCUUGUCGAGAUUAAAUUCGUGCAAAAAUCUUCAUUUUAAAAGGUUCUCAAUUUCGCUUGAAUCAUAGUGAUUGUAUCGAAGACUCUCGUCGAUAAAUAUCUACCUCCUUAUCUACGAUCACUUCAUCGUUUAUCUUCCUUCAAAAAGAAAUUUAAAAAUCAAAUUUUCCGAAUGUACACCACACGCUUGCCUCUCUGCAUCUGUCCGAGGGGCACCUCGUGUGUCUCUAAGGAAGAGAAAGGCAGAGAGAGGAAAAAGGAGGAGAGGGAGGAAACGCGGAGAAGCAGAGAGAAGAGGGAAACGGCGAAAGUGCGGGCGAAACGAGGAGGGACUUGCGAUUGCCGCACGCGCGACAGUUCGCAACGGCCGUCAGCUGUUAUGGCCUGACCAUCGUCGGUCGUUCCUCGCAGUGUCGCGACCAGUCUUAUUUCUUUUCUUUUUUUUCGUUCCCCCCCUCCUCCCCUUUUGCCCUCACAUUUUCAAUUUCAUCAGCGAAAGAUCGUCGUCCCCGUCGGAUCUCUCCAGGUUCCUCCCCGUCGUGCCGAUCAGAUCCGCAACGCGGACAUGCUGCUCGUGCUUAACCCUUUAUGUCCGCCACUGUUGCCUGUCACGCUGCUCGUCGCAGUGCUAACCUUAUCUGUCAGCGCGGCAGCAGAUGGCACGUCCUCGGUACCGUCGGUGCCCGGCCACGACGCUCCGAUCACGUCGUCGUCACCGACAGUCGAGAUUCCCGACGCAACGGACGGCAGGAAGGAGCUGUAUACAAAUGUGGCGGAAGGAGGACCCAUAUCAGUGUCUUCAAGUACCACUCAACAUGGAAGCAAUAAAGAAACAGUUGAGACUGAAUUCAAGUCUGAAUCCAAAUCCCGAGAGAAUGUGCCUAAGGAGAGAAAUGCCAGUUCUUCCAUUGUCGCAAGGAAGGGAGUUGAGGAGAAAAUAAAAGCGAGAAAGGGAGUUCAAGAAAAUGUAAAAUUGGAUCAGAGUAUGGAAAAUGAGAAGGAAAAUGCAUUUAAUCAAUCCAUCUUUGAAAAUAUGAAAUCAAUAAUGGAAAAUAAUCCUGCGCUAGAAACUGAUCAUGUCAAAUCUAAAACUUCUAAUAUUAAUACCCCGAAAUUAAAUAUCACUAAUCCACGCCUUGAUGAUAGUUCAAAUCGCGGUAUAAACUCUAAUUAUUCCAAUACAAAUAUAUCAGUAAAUGUAACAACAUCUCACCUAAAAAUUAUAACUAAUACAACGGUAAAGACCUCACAUACUGAAAAGCAUAUACCAAAACCUAAACCAACGGUGACAGCUGUUGAUGGACCAGAAAUUAACGAACCUAUACCAUCAUCACGAACAAAAAACCCUUCACUAGGCAUGCCAAGAAAAAUCGAUUACAUUGUACCGGUUAUUAUAACAAUUGUCGCUUUACCAAUAUUGGGUGCUGCCAUUUUCAUAUUGUAUAGGCACGGUCGAGAUUGCUGGGAUAAGAGACACUACCGAAGAAUGGAUUUUCUGAUUGAUGGAAUGUACAAUGACUGAGAAUCAUAUAAGAA